UCGGGCGGGAACACACUUCGCAGAGACUUUUCCCCGACAAACUUCCAGAAGCUCUGGAGGACGGCCUGAAGGCCCCGGAGUGCGCUAGCAGCAUGUACAAAGACACCGUCUACUCCGCUUUCAAUCUGCUCAUGCACUACCCGCCCCCCUCGGGAGCAGGGCAGCACCCCCAGCCGCAGCCCCCACUGCACAACAAGGCCAGUCAGCCUGCCCAUGGCGUCCCCCAACUCUCUCCUCUCUAUGAACAUUUCAGCAGUCCACACCCCACACCUGCACCGGCCGACAUCAACCAGAAGCAAGUUCACAGGCCUCUGCAGACCUCUGACCUCUCUGGCUUCUACUCUCUGACCUCAGGCAGCAUGGGACAGCUCCCCCACACUGUGAGCUGGCCCAGCCCUCCUCUCUAUCCCCUGUCCCCUUCCUGCGGAUAUAGACAGCACUUCCCUGCCCCCACUGCAGCCCCUGGCGCCCCCUAUCCCAGGUUCACCCACCCAUCCCUGAUGCUAGGUUCCAGUGUACCUGGUCACCCAGCAGCCAUUCCCCACCCGGCCAUUGUGCCCCCCUCAGGGAAGCAGGAACUGCAGCCCUAUGAUCGAAGCCUGAAGACGCAGGCAGAAUCCAAAGCAGAGAAGGAGGCCAAGAAACCAACCAUCAAGAAGCCACUCAAUGCCUUCAUGCUGUACAUGAAGGAGAUGAGAGCCAAGGUUAUUGCAGAAUGCACACUCAAGGAGAGUGCUGCCAUCAAUCAGAUCCUGGGCCGCAGGUGGCACGCACUGUCACGGGAAGAGCAGGCCAAGUAUUACGAGCUGGCCCGCAAGGAGAGGCAGCUGCACAUGCAGCUAUACCCAGGCUGGUCAGCGCGGGACAAUUACGGGAAGAAGAAGAGGCGAUCCAGAGAAAAGCACCAAGAAUCCAACACAGACCCUGGCUCGCCUAAGAAAUGCCGUGCUCGCUUUGGCCUCAACCAGCAGACGGAUUGGUGUGGUCCGUGCAGGUGGGUUUGUCCCCACCACCAUCUUCCCUUUGCUUCAAGCUGCUUCCUUGACUCUGCACAUGUUCUGCUGGGCUUAUAUAAGCCUUCCUGUGGCUCCCCAGCCCCAUAGGAUACCUGCAGAUUAAAGAGCCCAUGCCUCGUAAGAAUUGGAAUGAAUACUGAACACAUCUUGUAGGGAAGAUCUUUUGGAUCUAAGUGGAAGGAGGGGGAGAGACAAUGUUCUAGAAGGGAAGGAAAGGCAGACUCAAGAAUGUAGUUCUGGUGCCUAGGAUCCUCAGGUAAUGAUGGUUUGGUGCUAACUAGGCCCAACUGGUCCUCAGUAGCCAAACCUCAUACCAUUCAUCAGGUGGCCUCUGCCCCUACUCUCAGGCCUGAAAGUCAUAAUGGCCAACCAACUCCAUCACUUCAAGUUGAGAUGCGUCUGAGCCCGUAAAUCUAAGAAAAAUAAGGUAACUAUAAUAGAGAAUAUCAUGAGUAACCUGGAUGCCAAGUGACUCACCAUUUUGUACCUACUGAGACCAGAGGGCUAGAGAGGAAGGGAGAGAAGAGGAGGGCUAUCCUAGCCAAAGGACCAUACAAAGGUUUCAUCUCAUAACAGAAAAUAUCCCUGUGUAUAUGAAAAGAAGGUGUGCCUAUCAAGUGGCUAAAAGUUGCCUAGUUUUAGGUUUAUGCCAGGCCUGAUACAGCCAAGGCUGAGGCUACUCUAGGCAGUUAGUUCACUGACUAAGGAAUACUUGUGCAGCCCCUUAGAGUGCCCUCAUGCUUCUUUAUCAAAGGAUAAAGAGAGAUCUUGGAUAAUAUGUGUGCGUGUGUAUAUAAACAUGAUGGGAGGCAACCCUGUCCCUCAGGGAAGGUCCUACUUUUACCCAUUCCACAAUCAGAGACAAAUUGUGGUCCAGAGAACUCAAGAUAGUAAGAAUGUAGAAGACUCAAAGAAUCACUGUUCAUUUCUAUUUCCCCUUCUCCACGCCUAACCUAGCUUUGAGCCCUGAGAUUACUCAGCCCAAAAAGCCACAAGCAUUGAAGCCCCUUGCCUUAAUGCUGAUCUGAGCCCCACAAACAUGCAGAGGCUCAAAGGCUCUCCUGGAAAACAAAGCAGCCCACAGGUCCAACUACAAAAGGUCCCUGUGCCACCAUGUGGUGGUGCUGGCAAACUGCACCUGUCCCAGGUCUGGGCCAGGCCCAGCAGAGUUGCAGUGCUGAUUCAGGUCUGAAGGAUAAAUAAGCACAUCCAAGUACUGGGGAGAGGGGAUGAGAGGUCAGCUAGGCCUGUGCAAGAACAGCAUUUUUUGGUUGUGGUGUGUGACUAUGAAUUCACCCUCUAUUUACAGAUAACUCUCUUCACUAUUCCUAGGAGGAAAAAGAAAUGCAUUCGGUACUUACCCGGAGAAGGCCGCUGCCCCAGCCCCUUUC